AAAAUAAAAUUGCAGUCCCGUGUAGAAUUAAAACAGCAGCAGUGUGUGUCUAGCUUUGAAACCACACGUUGCUCACACACACAUAUACACACAAUAUCCCAAUAUAUAUAUCGCGUUGGCCGGCGAAUAACGUACUCAAUUAUUACAAUUUGCAACCCAAUUCUCAAUUCAACAACUCAUCCUUUCUUCUCCCUCUGUAUAUAAACACACCCCAUUUUCAUCACAAGCUUUAUAAACCCAUUUCGUUUUUCAAUCAGAAUGGAAACAGCUACUGCUCUGGGAUCUUCAUCUGUUGGUGUUGUUUCCGGGUCUUUUUCUAGAUCCGGGUUUCCCAUUUCGACCCGGCCCGAUUUUGUUCGAUUUAGCUCCACUUCUUCUUGGUCUAAGCAGCAUCUACCCCAUUCUUACUCCAAGUCACUUCGUUGGGGAUUGUCUGUUGGGAGCAAGAAGAGGCACGGUGCAAUCAAAGCAUCACUGUCUUCUGAUUCAACAGGACCGGCACCUUCAAUUGCUCCGCUGAAGCUGGAAUCUCCAGUUGGGCAGUUUCUGUCUGAGAUCUUAAAUAGCCACCCCCAUUUGCUUCCUGCUGCAGCUGAACAGCAACUUGAGCAGCUACAGAUUGACCGGGAUACCGAAAAACAGAAAGAAGACCCUACUAAGACGGGGACUGACCUAGUAUUAUACAGGAGAAUCGCGGAGCUAAAGGAUAAUGAAAGGAAAAAAGCUUUGGAAGAGAUCUUAUAUGCAUUGAUAGUGCAGAAGUUCAUGGAUGCCAAUGUUUCUUUAGUUCCUACCUUGGAUCCAUCAUCGGGGCGAGUUGACACAUGGCCCCGUCAAGAUGAGAAACUUGAGCAACUUCAUUCUCCAGAAGCCAAUGAAAUGAUCCAGAACCACUUAACUUUUAUUUUAGGAAAUCGACUGGGUGAUUCUUUAUCUGUUGCUCAGAUAAGCAAACUAAAGGUUGGCCAGGUUUAUGCAGCAUCAGUGAUGUAUGGAUAUUUUCUUAAGCGGAUUGACCAGAGGUUUCAGCUUGAGAAGACAAUGAAAAUCCUGCCAGAGGGGAAUGCUGAAGAGACCCACAUUGAACAAGUUACCGGGGAUGAGACAAGGCCUAAUGCCAAUAACGUUAGUAAUUCUUUUAAGAAUGCGCCACCACACCCAGAGGCGCCAUCCUGGUCUGGUGUUAUGGGCCCUGGGGGUGUAGCUGACGGAAUAAAACCAUCUCGACUGAGAACGUAUGUGAUGUCAUUUGAUGCUGAGACCCUACAAAGAUAUGCAAGCAUAAGAUCUAAAGAGGCCAUCAGCAUCGUUGAGAAACACACAGAAGCCUUAUUUGGUAAACCUGAAGUUGUUAUCACUCCUGAAGGUAGAGUUGAUUCCUCUAAAGAUGAAAACAUUACAAUUAGCUUGGGUGGUCUUAGACGACUCGUUCUGGAGGCUGUGACAUUUGGUUCUUUCCUUUGGGAUGUUGAGAGCCAUGUCGAUUCAAGGUACCAUUUUGUUGCAAAUUAAGCCUUUCAUCGACGACUGGCAAGGACAGAAGCCAUGGUGCUACUCCCUAGUUUAAGAAGUUAUUAGUACUGAAAUAGGGUACAAACCUAAAAAAACCGAUUCACCUGUAUAUAAAGUACGGUUUGCUUAAAGACGCUGUAGUUUAAUACAUCGUUCAUAUAACUUUGUUGUAGGGAUAAAUGACCGUCUCGAGCUUGGCCAAAAUGGGAUGAUUGAAUUUUUAUUUUUUUUAAGGCAAAUUAGAACACUGAAA